CUCUCUAUCUCUCCCUCUCGUUCUGGUGGCGGACGAGUGGAUAUCUGGUCACCAUUCGGAAUAAAGAUAACUCACGCGCCGCUACAGAUGGCGUUUCUACCCCUCUCAGUUUCUCUGUCAGCUCCUGGCCCUAAAACGGCGAUGCUUAUGGCUCCCUCCUCUCAUUCAACCCUAUCCUCACCAUUGUUGCCCUCUUCUUCAGAAACCCUUUCUCUACUAUCGCCUCUUAAUUGCUUUCAGAUAAGCCGCGCCGGAAAUUUGGCUCGUGGCCGCCGACGGUCAUGGAUUGUGAGAAUGGCUCCGGAAGAACAGAGGUUGACUCGCCGUUCACCUCUUGAUUUUCCUGUCGAGUGGGAAAAACCAAAGCAUAGCAGGAGGCCCGACAUUUUCCCACAAUUCAGCCCGAUGAAAACUCCAUUACCUCCACCAAUGCCGGGAGACCCACCACCAGACGAAGAAGAAGAAGAAGAAGAUGAAGACAACGAAGAAGAGAAAGAGAAAGAGAACGAAGAAGAAGAAGAAGAAGAGGAAACGAAAGAUCCCGAGGAGGAAACUCCUGGGGAGCCACUACAGGUCUGAGAAGAGGGUUUGUGAUGUGUAAUCUUGGAUAGUGAAGAAAAAAGACCAUGCUUUGUAUGUGUGAGUGUUUCUUCAAGGACUUGGACCCAUUUUGUAGGCAAAUAAUUUUGUUUUUAAGUUUAAUGUGGAAGUGAUUUUCAGACUAAUAUCUAUAGAAUAUGGAUGGGAAUUUGUCGAAUUAUACGUAACAUGUAAUAAACGUCUUUU